CCGUGUUAAGUCUAACAGUUGCAACGGAUAACAUGCGGAAUGUUUGUCGCUUGUUAUAUCCUGGUUUUGGGAUAGGUAAAUAAGGAAGAGUAACCUUCAUUUGACAUAACGUUAGCUGAUAUGCUUAGCUAGCUCCUACUGCCACUUCUUAAUACUGGUAACGUUAACGGGCUGCUGUCUUAACUGCAUUUUUAUCUGUAUUGCUUCCAUCUCUUCAACAAUCGUUUGCUCUGUAUUGUAGGUGGUAAAUGGCGUCUGCAAAUGCCACGUACGGACAGAAGGAGUCCUCGGACCAGAACUUUGAUUACAUGUUUAAAAUCCUCAUCAUUGGCAACAGCAGCGUAGGAAAGACUUCCUUCCUUUUCCGCUAUGCAGACGACUCCUUCACGCCAGCCUUUGUCAGCACAGUGGGCAUAGACUUCAAGGUGAAGACCAUCUACAGGAACGACAAGAGGAUAAAGCUGCAGAUAUGGGACACUGCUGGCCAGGAGCGCUACAGGACGAUCACCACAGCUUACUACAGGGGAGCCAUGGGCUUCAUCCUCAUGUAUGACAUCACCAACGAGGAGUCCUUCAACGCCGUUCAGGACUGGUCCACCCAGAUCAAGACAUACUCAUGGGACAAUGCCCAGGUCCUCCUGGUGGGGAACAAGUGUGACAUGGAGGAUGAGCGGUUGGUGGCCUCAGACAGAGGCCGGCAGCUGUCUGAACAGCUGGGUUUUGAGCACUUUGAAGUGAGCGCUAAAGAUAACAUCAACGUGAAGCAGACCUUCGAGCGGCUGGUGGACAUCAUCUGUGAGAGGAUGUCCGAGAGUCUGGACAACAACGACCCGGCUGUCACCGGCAAUAAACAGGGGCCCCAGCUCACCGAGCAGCCCCAGAGGUCCCAUCAGGAUUGUGCUUGCUAAACUUGACUACACAAACACACUGCUGUCCUAAAAUCCACACACCUUUUUUAUUUUUAUAUAUAUAUAGAUUUGGCUCCACUUUCUUUUUCAUUCUCAUAGGUACAUGCGCAGACACACAACCACUGCCAUACAGAGACACACAACUUGGCUGCUUAGAUUCACCUCACCAAGAGCAUUAUCCAAAUGAGCCGGCUCUCCCCAAAGAUUUGGUGUUUUCAGUAACCUCAUCACCUCAAGUUUUUGUUGUUGAUUUCAGUAAUGCAGACAUUAUGUCAAAGUUAGUCUCAAACACACACACACACACACACACUCCUACUAUACUGUAUCCUAACAGAAUUAUAAAAGGCAAUGAAGGCUGAGACUUCAUCAUUCCUUGUUGUCUGUAAUUGGGUUUUAAUAUAAAAGGCUGUGGGUCCUCCAGUCCCAGGCCCCACUCUGUACUAAAGCCUCAAACCUAAAUUCAGACAAAUCAGUUGCAUUUGUUUAACUUUUAGUCCGAGUGGAAAUAUGUUUGUUGCUGUGGAUAUAAUAGCUGUUUUUUUUAUUUUUUGAGUUUGUUUGGUUGUGGUUCUGAGCAUGUGAAAUUGCUGGUCAUUCCCCAUGUUGUGAUUGAGUUUCUACAGAUAAUUAUGCUCCACGUUUGACAUCCAAACGGGUUCAUUACAAAGUUGUUGUUUUUUUUAAAUUUUAGGAAUGAAUCUAAGAAUAGCAAAGAUCAUGCAUAUCAGUUGGCUUGUCAACUUGUUAUAAUUAGUAUUCAUUUUUUGGCCACUUCCCCAGAUUUUAAAAUUUUUGUUCAGUGAAAUUGGUUGGCUGUGUUGCUUUUUCAAUUUUAGAUUCUUAGUUUUUUUUUGUACUACUUUUUUAAGGGAAACAACACAAUAAUAGGAAAAGGGAUGUCUCUCAC